GUAUGAUUUAAUAAUGGAAAUUUAAGUUUGUAAACUCAAUUUUUAUAAUUGCAGAACCACAGUCAUCUCUCAUCGCCAAACAAGCCUCGUCUUUCUCUUCCUUCUAUUUUAUCCCUUUCCCUCUCUCCUCCUUCCUAUUGCCUCCAAGUUUCCGACAGAGCAGGAAAUCAAAUAAGGAUCAACAUUUGAAGCUUGUUUCAAAGCAACACUGAUGAGACGACAGGGACAAUAUGCAGACUCUGGUGGCAAUGCAUAUGUAUCUGCACAGAUGCAGCAUAUGCCUGCACAAAGGAUGGAGAUCAAGUCUGGUCACUUUCAAGGACAACUAGAAGCAUUUACUCCUGAAAGGGAUCAACCAUAUCGAACUCCAAAAUCAGAUGGCCAGUGGAGGUGGGAAAGAGAUGGAUCAAAAGUGUCAAACCAAAUGACACCGAAAAUGUUCAAUGAAGGCCAAGGGACUGAUGGAUCAAGAACUUAUUUCCAGGGCCAGAGGCCAGAUCCCAACCUAUCUUUAGAAAAACAAAAUGCUGAUAUCAGAUCUCGACCCCAUGAUGAAAAUAUGGAAGUUGGCUAUGAGCACAAUCUUUUGCCACCAACUUUGGAAGGUCUUGAGAAGAAAUUCCAUGAUGACAUAAUGAAGCUUGCUAAAGAACAGAACGAUGCUGAAGAUGCCGAAAAUAGUAGACAUAGAGAGAAAAUAAAUGCAAUCAAUGCUCAGUAUCAGGAACAGCUAACAGCACUUAGAGCACGGCAUGCCAAUCGCAGAGAUGAGUUCCUACGUAAGGAAUCUCUUGUACGCCAACAACAAUACCAGCAGGCAAUGAUGGACUAUUAUCCUCAUAGCAACAUGGCUCCAGCUGAUAGCUUGCCAACCGGUAAUAAUCCUCAUGGUUACGGUAGUGUUGCGGGUUCCGCUGCUGUUGGAGAUGGACAUCGAGGGUAUAAUUCUGAUAACUUUGACUCCUACAGAGAGAGGCCUCGAUAUCUUGGGGCUGCUAGAGAUCAGGGGUUUGAACCUAGAGGUUCAUACCAGGGGGGGCGUGCCUAUGACAACAGUUCACGUUAUAACUGAAUUUGCUUAGUUUAACUUCCCUUAGCCACAUCCUCCAGGUACAGUUCUGAUAUUUACCCCAUGGAUUCUGGCAUGCUAUAUCCUGAAGUUUACGUUAUAUUUUCUGCAGUUCUCCCAUCUGUUGGUUUCUUCUUUCUGCAGUUUUUACAGUUUUUAUGUAACUGAUUCUCCAUUUGGAUGACUGGCGAGGGUCACCUUGUCAUUCGUUCGUAAAUGGAGCAUAAAUGGGUAGUCAGAGUUGAAAUCUUGGUUUCCCGAAGUUGAGAAUGAAUGUCGAAUGUGCGACUGACAUGGGUAUGAUCAAAAUGUUUUAGUUUUAUACAUUUGAAGAUAAUAUUAUAUGCAUACCUCUGCUUGAAUA